UGCCUCCAAAGCCUAUCGUUGAAGUGCUGGGGGAGCAGGCCAGAGAGAAAAGCGAGGUGGAACUUCAAUGCACGGUCCCACGGAGCAAACCUCGCGCCCGGAUCCGCUGGUUCCGAGAAAAGAGACAACUUCAAGGAGCCAGUAGUCAGGAGCAGCAGGGAAAGGUAUUCAUGGUGACCAGCCUGGUGAAGAUUCCGGUGCUCCGGAAGGACGACGGAGCGAUGGUGAUUUGCGAGGCUGAUGUCCCCGGGGUGAAGGGGAUGAAGAGGCGGACAGAGUUCCCACUCAGCGUGCGCUACUCCCCGACGGCUAAAAUGGAAGCUGCACCAGUAAUCCUGAGGGAGGGAGAUGAUCUGCUCUUGACUUGCUCUGUGACGGGGAACCCAUUGCCCCUGCAGGUGAGCUGGAGCCGGCUGAACGGGAGCCUGCCAGACCGAGCAGAGGAACAGGGAAACACACUGACCGUCCGGCGCCUCAACUCAGCCGAUAACGGCACCUACGUGUGUGAGGUCCACACCGAAAUGGGCAGCUCCACUGACCAGUACACGCUAGUGGUCUACGAUUUAGACAUCAGUACCUUUGCACCCACCAGUCUCCCUGCGACAGAUCAGAGUGCAGUGGUGGAACCACGGACAUCCACCAGUUACGCCAUAGUGGGAGGUGUCCUCGCAGUCCUGGUCUUCGUCGUGAUCUGUGUCCUCAUUGUCACCGUCUGGUUCUCCAUGAGACAGAAAGGGUCAUACCUGACUCACGAAGCCAGCCGGUUGGAUGAGCACGGAGAGGUCCGCGAGGCCUUCAUCAACGGCAACGAUAGCCACGAUCAGAAGAAGGAAUAUUUCAUCUAGUCUACGGAGGCGAUGGACUGGGUCAGUACCAUCGCUCCACACCACUUGUUCAAAGACUCAGUGACUCUUGGAUUUUUUUAACGCUUAUCUUGGGAAUAAGGAAUCGACUGUCCGUCUCCCUAGGAAGAACUGAUCCGCCUCGGGAUUUGAAAACAGAUAUAUUCUAUGAUAAACACAAGAAAACUUGGUGGUGCAGAAACAAACUUUGCAAAGCAGUCGGCCACUGGGAUCACUGAGCGUUGCCAAACAUGGUGAGGGUCCCCCGCCUCGAAUCCCUCUGGCAGAACUUUCGGCUCAGAGACGGAGAGACCAGUUUUUCCCAUUUCCAUCUUUUGGGGAUGGGAUUGAGUCUGGUGCUGGGAACUUUCACCAAUGCAAACUGAGAACACCACCCUUCUGUAAUUGACGACUACUGUUGACUCCCUACAGAACUGCCUCUUGUGACUGCACACCCAGACUACCAGGAACUGUGGGAGGACUGCACCAAGGAACCGCCUGGCGCAUCGUGCUGGUACUAAGCAAUGUCCACAACUCCAGCUCCACGCUCGCCCCUGCUCUUCCCCACCAGGAUUUCCAAGCCUGGAAUUCCCCGGAACAGCUGGAGAGGAGAGCCGGGUGAGGGGGGUCCAGCAGGGGGCUCAGUGGUGGGACAGGGGCAAGUGAGAGAAGU